ACACCAAAGUACCGAACCUACAGAAGACUCGGUUGGAAUUUCAAGUUUUCAACCACACUUGCCAGUCGGCACGCGCUGGCCGAAGAAAAUUCUUUGUUCGAAUUUAAAAAAUCACUGAUGAAUUUUUUCGCACGGCGCCGUGAAAAAGUCUCAUCCAGGCGAUUAGAAAAACUGAGUUUUCUUCCGAGUAAACUGUGCGGAGAGAAAGAGACUUACAGCAAAAUAAAGUAAGUCUGCUAGUCACCUUCAUUCAGAUCAAUGGCGAUUGCUCCGUUUUCAUUGUCCUCUUCAUCUGCCACCUUUGGAUGGACUUACGAAGUCUUCUUGAGCUUCAGAGGUGAAGACACUCGAAAGACUUUCACAGAUCACCUCCGUGCGGCUCUUUUCAGGGAAGGGAUAGAUACAUUCACUGAUGAGCAAAUGCAAAGAGGAGAAGAAAUCUCUGGAAAGCUCAUGAGCGGGAUCGAGAAAUCAAGAAUCGCCAUUGUCGUUUUCUCGAGGAAUUAUGCUUCUUCGAGAUGGUGCCUUGACGAACUUGUGAAGAUCAUGGAAUGCAGGCAAUUGUUGGGCCAAAAGGUCAUUCCUGUUUUCCUCGAAGAUGCUGAUCCUGCGGACGUACGACACCAGAGGGGGAGUUUUGGAGAGCCGUUUGGAAGGCAUGAAGAGCGUUUCGGGCGAGCAACGGUGGAUAGAUGGAGGAAAGCUUUGACACAAGCAGCCGACCUCUCGGGAUUGAACCUCAAAGAUACUAACGGGUAUGAAGCAAAGCUGGUUCAAUAUGUAGUCAAGGAAGUUCUAAUUGAGUUAAGUAACACCCAAGUUGGAAAUCAUCUUGUUGUGAUAGAAAUGCGUGUACAGAGCAUUCUAAGAUUGUUACAGCAAGAUUCCAAAGGAAUAGCCGUCAAGUUUGUUUUGAUAUAUGGGGUUGUUGGAAUUGGCAAGACAACUAUAGCAAGGGCUGUCUGGGACCAAAUUGGUAAGACAACUAUGUUUGAAUGCCACAGCUUUCUUGAGGAUAUUCAACAGUCCUUACAAAAAUCCAGAGACAUAGUUCGUUUGCAAGAACAACUUCUAUCUGACAUCUUGGGAGGAAAAAUACACGAUGAGUUUAGUGAUGAGUGUGAUGGGGUACGUAUGAUUAAAGACAUUUUACACCAAAAGAAGGUGCUCCUUGUUCUAGAUAAUGUAGACUGUAUGUCUGAACUAAAUGGAUUAGCUAUUGCAGAAUGCGUGUUUGGUAUGGGGAGUAUGAUCAUAGUUACAUCCAGAAAUCAUGAGGAUUUUGUAUCUUGGUUUCAACAGAACAGACUUUUACGGAGGGGCUUCAUUGCUUUCUCAUGCAAGCUUAAUGAAUUAGGAUUUAAUGAAUCGCUUCAACUCUUCUGUAUAAAUGCCUUUGGGAGUAAAUAUCCUCCAAGAGAUCUUAUGAAACUUGCAAAGAAGAUGGUACUUGCAACUGGGGGCCUACCCUUGGCUCUUGAAGAAUUGGGUUCCUCCUUAUCUAAAAAGACACCAACACAAUGGAUGAGUACCUUAGAGAAUUUGAAAGAAAGCCCUAGCAAAGAAUUGAUGAGGCGGUUCAAAAUAAUCUUCAAUGGACUAAAUUAUGAACAGAAGGAAAUAUUUCUUGACAUUGCUUGUUUCAUCAUUGGGUAUCCUCUGGAAUACGCAUUUUGGAUAUUCACACAUUAUUACAACAAUGAAAUCAAGAUUCUAAUUCAGAAGUCUCUUGUAAAGAUCGGUAAGAACAAGGAGCUUACGAUGGAUAAUCUAGUACAGAACAUGGGUAGAGAAAUUGUCUACAAAGAAAGCCCAAAUGAUCCUGGAAACCGUAGUAGGUUAUGGAAGUACGAAGAAGUCAUGGAUGUCUUGGCAGAGCACAAGCGAGCAGCAAAUGUUAGAGGGCUCUCUGUUAGAUUUGAAGAAGCCACAUCACUACCCAAUAUUCAUAAUACUGAAGCACUUAGUGUGAGUACCAAAGCAUUGAAAAGAAUGUCUCAAUUAGAACUGCUCCGGAUUGAUAAUGCAAAGCUUGUAGGUUGCAUCAGUGAUCUUCCUCCAAACCUUAGAUGGUUUUGUUGGCAGGGAUGCCCCUUGGAAUAUGUACCACUUUCUUACUUUCCAGAUCAUAUCACUGUGCUUGACUUGUCAAAUAGCCAUGUGAAGGAAUUUGACAAUUGGCAACCAACCCAGUCUUUGUUGAAUUUGAGAGUACUUGACCUUGGAGGAUGUCACCACCUAAUUAGAACCCCGGACUUCUCAGGGUUACAAGGGUUACGGAGAUUGAUUCUUCAAAAUUGUGCAGAACUGGUUGAGGUUCACGAAUCUAUUGGGAAUCUCGAUUGUUUGCAGUUCUUGAAUUUGGGAUACUGCAAGAAUCUUCCGCGUCUUCCAACAAGUAUUUGCGAACUGAGAUCACUUGAAAUUCUAAUUCUUUCAAACUGCUCAAAAUUGAGAGAGUUGCCUUUAAAGAUGGGCAGUGUGAAGUACUUACGAGAGCUUCUUGUUGAUGGAACUGCGAUCGAACAACUACCAUUUUUAGUUGAAUCUUUUAAAAGCCUUGAAGUACUAAUGGCAACAAUGAGCAAAUUGACCCGUUUACCUCACUCAAUUUUUUAUUUGGAAUCUCUAGUCACCCUUAUAUUGGAUGGGACUGACAUCGAUGCACUACCUUUUUCAGUUGGAUCACUGUCAAAAUUGAAGAGCUUAUCAUUGCAUCAGUGUACAUUACUAAAAAGCAUUCCAACUUCAGUUGGGAAAAUGGAAUCGUUGGUUGAGCUUAACUUGGAAGGUACAGCAAUCAGAGAAAUACCCGACUUCCCUGUGCACAUAAGCAAAAUUGAGAAGCUAAAAAUUGGAGCUUGUAGAUUAUUGAAAAAGUUACCUGAUUCCAUUGGCAAUUUGAAAAAUCUACGAGUGCUUCACAUUGAUGGAUCUGCAGUAACAAACUUACCGGAUGGCGUUGGAUCCUUGGAGCAUUUGGAGGAUCUAGAUAUUUCAUCUUGUGAGAUGCUUGUGAAGCUUCCAGCUUCAAUGGAAAGGAUGAGAUAUCUGAAAUGUUUUAACAUGUCAGGAACUGGGAUUGUUAAAUUAACACAAGAUUUUGGAAUGCUUUCAUGCCUUGUGUGGUUGAAUCUGGGGAACAAUAAUUUCAGUGACCUUCCUGAUGAUUUCAGUGGCUUAUCUUCUCUCAAAGAACUUUAUUUGCAGAAUUGUAUAAUCCUUCAGUCUCUUCCAAAGCUUCCCUCCAGCUUAAUUGUCUUAGAUGCUGCAAAUUGUAUUUCCUUGGUAAGGGUACCAGACAUUUCGCACCUGGAAUACCUGGAAAAGUUAUGCCUCAACAACUGCUGGAAGCUUUCUGAGAUGGAAGGCCUCAUUGGAUUGCCAUCAUUGAGACUCUUGUUCAUGCAUGGAUGUAGCACUAGUCUUGGUGAUUCUUUCGGGAACAAACUUGUGCAGGAUAUGUACGAACAUAUAGAACAUCUCACUCUUCCUGGGGGUGCAAUCCCCGACCGAUUUAAAGAUAUGAGGAAGCAUAUAUUAAAAAGGCGGGUUGGCUAUUUUGAAAUGGAGGGAGCUUGCCUUCCCAGUCCUGGCUUUGAGAUCACUGGACUUAUUCUCUGGGUGGUUUUUGAGUACCGCCCUUUCGGAAGAAAUGACAUUGUGUGGCUUGAAAAAAUUGGCAUUUGUAUGGAAACAGGGGAGGACAAGGUUCCACAGAAGAGACUGGAAAUUAAAGUGAAAAUACAGGAGCCAGAGGUUUCACGAAAGGCUUUCGAUAUUGAAGUCACCCCUGGAGCUCUUCGAAGUGUAUUCGCCUUUUGCCAUAUCCGUGAUGAUGAGAUCCUUUCAAUGUUGGAAAAUGGAAGUGGAAUAAACAUUAAUGUUGGAGACUAUGCCAUCUCUUCAAUGAUGUGUUGGAGCAGAUGGGUCCCCAGUGAAAGAACAUCAAGACGAAACCUGAACUUCCAUAAACAGGAUCUCAAUUGGACCACUUGAGAUGCUGCAUGUGCCGAAUAAUGAUUUGGGAUUCAUUCCAUGGUAGCUUCAAUCUUCUGUUAUGGAGAUUGAUAGUGCAUUGUCCAAGUUUCAAUCUAUUUCUUCACAUCUGGAUGUUAUGACUUGAACUGUGGCUCAUAGCAUGGCAUCAAAAGCUACGAAGUUGAGAAGAAAUUAGCUAAGGAUAAACAAUACACCAGCACUGGUUGCAUCAAAUCCUUUUGGUGAGAAUACUUCUUGCUAAUUCAAUUUUAAGAUUGACAGGAGCAGCAUCUUCAAAAUUACAUUACCCUGUAUGAAUUUUUUUGAGAUUAUAUACAUUUCAUGCUGAUAUAUUAUAACCAAAGCUGGAAAACUUGUGAGCUAAAAUCAGUUCCCACAUCUGAAA